UCUGACCGAUGGGUGUGUCUGGCGGGCGGGAGGUGAUUCUUGCACAGCUGCGGGCGCGGGCGAGUGCCGCGAAGUAAGGACGCCAGCAUAGGUGACAGCAUGGCCUCCCGGGACACACCGCCGGCCACCAGCUACGCCCCGCCUGAAGUGCCCUCGGGGGUCGCCGCCUUGUUCCUCACCAUCCCCUUUGCCUUCUUCCUACCAGAGCUGGUGUUUGGGUUCUGGGUGUGGACUCUGGUGGCUGCCACACACGUCGCAUACCCCCUGCUGCACGGAUGGGUGCUGUAUGUCUCGCUCACGUCAUUCCUCAUCUCCCUGAUGCUCCUGCUGUCCUACAUAUUUGGGUUUUACAAACGAUUUGAGUCCUGGAGAGUCCUGGACAGCCUGUACCACGGCACCACAGGCAUUCUGUACAUGAGUGCUGCUGUCCUGCAAGCACAUGCCACCAUCAUUUCUGAGAACCAGAACCUGGAGCACUACUACAUCAAUGUUGCAGCCUCGUUCUUCGCCUUCCUCACCACGCUGCUCUAUAUCCUGCAUGCCUUCAGCAUCUAUUACCACUGACGUGCAGGGAGAACCAAACCCAGCGAGACCCUGGAGGCCAUGUGAUUAGCCGUUUGCCAACCAGGUGAUAAACCCAGCGAGCUACCUGCGGGCCCGCAGGCCAUCUCUCUGGGAUGAUGAGACUCACUUUGGCAUUGUUCUCUCUGGACACUUUUACUCCUUGUGGUGACUAUGAAACAACUAUCCCCCCACCAAAGAUGACUGCCCCUCCUUCUUCCCUGAAGAUUCCUCUCACCCUGGCUGCCCAGAAGAUGACUGCCUUUUGGAGUUUCCCCAACCAUGAACUCAGCUGAGCUCGACUUUUCUAGAAAACUAACCUUGAACCCCUUAGGCACUGUUCAAAAUGUCAUCCCUGCUAUUUCGCCUGUCAGGAUCUCUUUGUUAAUGGUGCUCACUCUGAUAGGUUUAGGAAAUUCUCUUAUUUUCUUAAACAGGCAAGGCUCUGCAAAGGCUUGACGGUCUACCGGCCUCACACACACCUUGCUUGCAGCUUGUGC